CUUCAUAGCACGAAAAUAAUUGUCUAAGCAAACGAACAAAAACUUUAGUGGCAUAGUGAGUGGCGUCUGCUUUGCUUAAAUACCUCUUUCCUGAACAUGAGAAGGUCAUCACUCGCUCUCCUCACUCACGUUCUAAAAUCUUAGCUUGCAUCAGAUAUUUCCAGGACUAUAUCCUCUUACCGUAUAAACGUAUAAACGGGUCACACACGUUACAACCACAUGGACGCACAACGUUUCGACCCCCUGCGGCGUACAAACAUGAGACUUGCCUCGCUUUUCAAAACCCGCACUUCAGAUUCGACGCCGAUGAGGCAGGGCCCUUGCGUCAAGAGCGAGAAAACGAGCGCGAGUGAUGUACGGCCGGACCACGAGAUUGUAAUCGAUCCUGUUGAGGGAAAAGAUUCUGAUUUGAAGGGGUCGUGCCCACCCUCUAAGGACACAUGCACUACACGCGUCACUACGCCUGUCGAUAUACAUGACUCUGUCGACAAGGUUGCCACACAUACCAUCACCCGCUCUGAGCCCAAUCCCCGUGGUGGCGCUCCUAUAGUAUCUGUCACAGAGAUAGUGUACAGACGCCCUCCGUCUCACACAGACACCUCCUCUCCCUCUCAAUAUUCGUCAUCUGUGUCACCGCAAUCCAUCCCUCCUCCAGGCUUCAAUGACUCCGCCGAGACGGUUGCCACAGGCACCAUCAUCCAGUCUGAUCCCAAUCCCCGUGGUGGCGCUCCUAUAGUAUCUCGCGCACAGAUGAUGUCCAGAGGAGUGUGGUCGCACUCUCCGUGUCGCACACAGAUGGUGUUCACAGGGGCGGUGUCGCGCUCACUUCCCACAAAUGCCUCCUCUCCCUCUCAAUCCCCUUCGCCAUCUGCAUCAUCGCGAUCCACCCCUCCUUUAACCAAUGAGUCCGUUGAUGUGCUUACCACGCGUACCGUCACUUGCCCUGAUCCCAGUGGUGGCGCUCCUACAGUAUCUCGCGAACAGAUGGUGUUCAGAGGGGUAUUGUCGCGCUCUCCGUCUUGCUCACAGAUGGUGUUCACAGGGACGGUGUCGUGCCCUCCGGCUCGCACGAACACCUCAUCUCCGGCUCGCACAAACACCCCCUCUCCCUCUCAAUCUUCUUCGCCAUCUGCAUCAUCGCGAUCCACCCCUCCUCCGGGCUUCAUAAGGCGGGUGUUCCGAGCGCUCGACCGUUUCAAUACAUCCUCAGCUUCUGGUAGCGACGCGGAUGACCUGAAAGUGCACAAGAGGGAGAGGCACGUGUUGCUGGCGAUUGUUAAGGAGAGAAGGGGGAAACACAAAGAUGAUCGGGUGUUCAAGGAUAUCGCGGGGAAUGACUUUCCUGCUGCUGGUGUGAGGGACAGCACUUGAGUUUGGGUCCUUGCAUGGCGUGGGUUAGAUCCUUGUGAAUAGUUUUUGCUGCAUCGCUGGACGCUCUAUUGUAUAUAUUCUGUAUUACGCUCAUUAUUCACUAUAUCUGCCAGAGAACUGUUCCUAUACUUUAUUUUAUAUUGCUACUCAUCUCGGACCUACUUGUUCACUAUGCAAGUGAGUGUUUACUGGCAGGAGGGAGUUACAACUGCAAAGAUCGGUUUCCUGCCCAGUUUUAAAUAGGCAAUAUAACAUGAGGCUGAA